AUGUGCAUCACCUGGUUACAGGGUUCAGGAUCCUCGGCGAGGAUCCUUGAGACAGGGGGGGAAACUUGUUACGGGGUAACAACGAAUCGAGAGGACUCUAUCGAGUUCGACGGAUUAGGACAGAGGAAAGCGGGAGUUGGAGGCAGUGCUGCAGUAGGUAGGGACGGGUUUUCCCCUUUCGAGAUUUUCCCCACUGGGUUUGCUCAAAGCGGUUUUUCACCUGUCCGAAGGAGACACGAUCCAUUAGCACCAGAGCCCCUAGAUUUCCACGAGACCUCCAUCAAGUUCGACCCAACCUGCGACCUAGUCGUCGUGUUUCCAGUACCGUUACAAGUUGAAGAAUCAGCCUUACGCACCUUGGGUCGAAUCGGAGAGUACUGUAUGCUCACCAGAGGGAAAGCGCGGAAAAUGAUACCAGAAAAAGAGGAGUUGGAACAAGGGCUGGUCCCAGAGGAAGAAAUACCAACAAGUUCUUCGAGAAGUACCAUUUCACAUGAUCUCACUUCUACUACCACUACCCCAGAUCCGCUAAAUGAAUUAUCGCAGCAGUUGUCACAAUUGUUAGCCAUUAUGACGAUGCAACAGAAAGAACAAAAUGCAUUAAGGGAAGAACUGGCUACGAUGAAAGCUGACCGACAGAACCAACAGAUACUCACAUCGAAAGGGGCAAGUUUGAUCGAAGUCGAAGAAAACAAGCCGUGUUUGGAGCCAAAACUUACCAACAACGAACGAACAGGAAGAACCAGGUGUGCGGAUCCACCUACCUUCAGUGGAGAACGAGGAGAAUUGGACAACUUCCUUGCAGCAUGUCACAUGAACUUCGAAUUCAAAGGGGCAGAGUACGCCACCGAUCGCAGAAAGAUCCUGUUCAUGUACGGGUAUCUUCGAGGCACCCCUCAAAUGCUUAUAACCCCGGCCAUAACCAAUCCAAUGGUAAAUAACACCGACCCUCGAACCAAAUCGGACUGGAUCUAUUUCAAACAGCAUGUGAUAGGGACUGAGGAGAACCAACGGAUGGCUGAAACGAUGAUUGCAGCGAAUCGAUGGGCUGCUAGACGCAAACAUGAGACGACCUGGCUCCCCCCUCGAUCGAAUUCGAUGCGAUUGGAUACUAGUUUGCCCAACCCGGUAGAGCGCCACUCACAAUCGACUGGUAGAGGACCCUUGCCCGGUGGAAAACCAGGGAUGAUGAAUCAUGGUCUACCAAAUGACCCUCCGGUCACUUGGACAGAGGACGGAGGACGUCUCAGCGAGAACGAAAUGACUUGGAGGAGGGAGAACCGACGUUGUCUCAAAUGUAGAAGUCCAGAACAUUACGCCAACAACUGUCCAAAUGGAGGAAAUACGAGAAACAACAUUAGGGGAUCCCCAAACCCGCAUAGCUCACCGAUUCCUAGUGGAUCGAACUCGAUCCCAACUGGAUCCAAAGGGCCAUUAGUUCGAGGAAUGGCGGUGACCUUUGAAGAAGAGGGAAACGACUACCUGGCCUAA